ACUAAUCCAAUGUGCUGUGUCUUUCCAAGUCCCCCAACAAGCACAACAGGCUGUAGAUGAAGGCCCGACCUUUCCCAGAUGGAUUGGCUGAGGAUAUCGACAAAUGCGACGUCUCUUCCCGUCAGGAGCUGAAGCAGCGUGCAUGCUACCUAGUUGCGAAGUAUGAGUGGGAUGUCACUGAAGCCUGUAAAAUCUGGUGCUUUGGUCCAGAUGGCACUGGUCCCAACAUCCUGACGGAUAUCACCAAGGGAGUGCAGUACCUGAAUGAAAUCAAGGACAGUGUUGUGGCUGGCUUCCAGUGGGCUACUAAGGAGGGAGCUCUCUGUGAGGAAAACAUGCGUGGAGUCCGCUUUGAUAUGCAUGACGUGACCCUGCACACUGAUGCCAUUCACUGUGGCGGUGGGCAGAUUAUCCCCAUUGCUAGGAGGUGCCUGUAUGCCUGUGAGCUCACUGCUUAGCCAUGGCUUAUGGAGCCCAUCUACCUUGUAGAGAUCCAGUGUCCAGAACAAGUAGUUGUCGGUAUUUAUGGUGUCCUGAACAGGAAGCGUGGCCAUGUCUUUGAU